CACAUUUACACCACACACAUUGGUAAUUGAUCGUUUCUGGUCAUUUUCACCUGGGUGUGGUUAAUAAUAAUAAAUUGUAUUUAUAUAGCACCUUUCAAAACAUAGUUUACAACAUUUAACAUACAAAUACACGGACAGCAAGUGCAUUUAACAAAAUAAACUCAACUUGAGAAUACAUAGUUAAAUGCAUAGCAAAUAAUAAAACAGAAAUACCGUACAUAGAAUGAGAAUAAAUGAAAAAUAAAAUAAGACUAAAAGUAGAAUCACAUAAAAGCAAUUGUAAAAGUGAGUUUUUAAAGGUGACUUCAAAGAGCAGACAGAUGUUGCAGUCCUGAUCUCCUCAGAGAGGUUGUUCCAAAGUCAAGGGGCUCCUUUGUGUUUGGACCUGGACCUUGGAACGACCUUAGGGCUUUAACGGUUUUUAGCUUGAAUGAUAUUUAGGCCACCUGGUGUAUGUGCGGGUUUAUCGUAUGGCAAUGGGGAUAAGCUUAGCUUUGAGAUAUUUUGUUGACCGCAUGGUUCUGCUUGGUAAUUGUUUGUUUAUUUGCUUUAUUAAAUCUCCAUAAACACUUGUUCCUGCUUCUAGUUCCUCGGUGCUGAUGGUUGUAAAGGUUCAUCAAUUUUGUAUGGUGAUGCUAACCUUUAAAUGUGUGUCUGCAGUUCCCCCUGUGUCUGCUGCAGGACUGGGUGAUGGGCUGGAGUCGGUGAGCCAGUUCUUUCAGCUGUGUGGCAACCUGAGUGCAGGCGGCUGGACCAUCGGAUGUUCACAGCUGGAGCUCUGUGGCUGUGCUCUUCGAGAAGUCAGUGUGAGCAUCCAGAGGGAUAGAGAGGCGCAGGAAAUGCCUAUCAGCUGCAGAGUGGGAGAGAUCCUGCUGAUGGAUGGAGCCAGUCUGCAGACCCCCCCUCAUCUGGUCCAGGGCUUGUGUAUUUAUGACGUGGUGUGGCUGCGUGGUGCUGGAACCUCCACCUCUCCCUGCCUGCACCUAAACGCCACUAUGCACUGGGACUACCCCCCGGAGCUUGUGCGCCACUUCAGGGUGUACUGGCGGCGGAUCCCCCCUGGCCAGCUGGCUCUGAUGGGCCGGGCGUACUCUAACCUCUAUAGAGUGACAGAGCUGGAGGUCCCAGAAGCCCCCGGCCUGCUGGAGCUGGUGGUGGAGCCGGUGAUCAGGAAGGGCUUCCCGCUGCCAGAGAGCCACUGGGGCAGAAGGAGCCUCAGCUACACAGAGGCCAAAACAAAAUGACUUUAAGAUCUGAAUGUCACUUCAUUACAGAAUGGGAAGGUUAACAACAUGAUGAACAUUAUUAUUACUUUAAACUAGGGCCUGCAGAAUAACUUAUUGCAAUUAUUUUGGACUGAUAUUGCAAUUGCAAUUCACGAUUUUAUAAGAAUUGUGGGUUUCAGACCAGGUAGAGAAAGUUUUGUAAUCAGAAUUCCCAUUGUCAUUGAAAAAUAUAUUCCAUUUUUUUUGCAAAGGAUCCAUAGAGAACAAAGAUGUUUUGUUAAGUGUGUAGAAUACAAUUUAUCGGCCGGGAAAUCUGUACUUUAGCCUUUUACAAAUGUUGUGCCUUUUGCAAUUUGAAUAAUCCAUAUCGGGAUUUUGAUAUAUUCUAUACAACAAUUGUAUUAAUUGUGCACCCCUUCUUGAUGAGGUAACAACCAAAUGAUCAUUAUUCAAUCAUACCAAGCAGUUUUCUUCAGGGCUACACCUGAAUUCAUAAACAACUGACAACUGGGCAAAAUCCGUCCAGAGCUAAAUUGAAUGUGAUUAAAACGGGAGAACAAUUAGCAUCUUGGUCUUAAAAUGUAGCUUAGCAUUAAGAUUGGAAACAUGUGGAAACAGCUAGCCUGGCUCUGUCCACCUACCAGCUUAAGCUAACUAUCGCAUCAUAUCUCAUUUGUACAAAAACUGUGUUUGGUUUAAAGGGUUUGAGGUACGAGAAGGUUUUGAAUUACUGAUGGUUGGACUAAUCUGUUUUAAUAAGUAAGCUUAUGAUGAUGCUAGUCAGGUUAGCUGCUGCCACCUGUUGCCAGCAUUUGUGCUAACUAGCUAUAGCUUUACAUUUCGUGUUUAGACUUGAGUUUUAUUUAUGUCUUCAUAAACAAGGAUCAUGCAUAGAAAAGCCCAAAUCUGAAUUAUGCCCCCUGGGCAGGAACACGUAUAACAAUCAACAAGCACUCAAAACCUUACAUAGUCUAUCACACUAACCAUUAUACAUGCAAAUCAACAUGUAAAUAUCACAUUUAUUUCUACAACUAUAUGAAAUUAAUAUGAACUAAAAUAUCAAAACACAGUCAUAUAAUGCUGAUAAGACUGGUUGCUCAAUAUCCAUUCCUACUCAUUGAAGUCUUAUUGUAUUCCCCAUAUUGUUUAACCAUUCCUUGUUACUACAUGUUACUUGUAUGUGCUGCAGUACCUUCAGUCUCCUGUGUUGCCUAAGACGGCAUUUGAUAAAGGAUCAUUUACUGAAUAUUAUAUGAAGCAUAUAAAGGGCUAAUAUGCAUGUUCUGUGCAUGACGUUUGCAAAAUGGUCUUAAUCAUAUUAACUCAUAUUACAUCUCAGGUUUCUCAAUGCAAUGGUGUGUUUCAAUAAUAAUCCAUAUGUAACAUGAAGUACCGGUUGGCUGUGGGGUCUCACUUCGGUUUGGUGAUGUAUCGGGUUACAGACUUAUCACUUGACAAGAUUUACCUAUCCAAAUAUACCACAUAUUUAUAUUUUCUUUCUUCUCGUUUUCAUUGGCAUAUGUGGAUUCAGCACUUUUAUACUUGGAUCCACCAAUGUGCUUUAUAUGAUCGAUCUAUGUUAACUAUGCGAGAACAUUGUAAACUGAGUGAACUGAACUGAAGGAUAAUUUCAAAACGGUUUGUUAAAGACUGUAAUACAACAAGCUACAUCAAUGAUGUGAUCACUUUCUCAUACAGUACUCACAAGUCUUCUGUAGGGCCAGCUUUUAUUGGCUUUAUCGUACUUCACUUAAAUCAAUUUGUCAACAUCUUUUGAAUUUGAUAAUAGAAAAUAUUUUGUUAAUCAGUGUGGACAUUUCAUUUCAUUGUGAUUUAAAAAAUACAAUACUUUGUAGAGACAA